AAGAAAAGGAGAAGGAGGAAUGAUCGCCGCAUUGAUAUCGAAUGGUUCUGAUCUUGACUUGUCUUUAUAGACUUCAAACCCCGUUCCACCAUUCCCUUACCUCUUUCUCUCUUUUUUUCCUUUCAUUCCUCUCUCCCUCUUUUUUUUUCUCUCUCAGUUUUAAAAUGUCACAGCAACAACCAAAAAAAUUCGUUGAAAGCACUAUGGAUAGAAGCAGGUCAACUCGUUCUGCCUCACCUGUAAUGGAGGAUAUAGGUUCUCCUGCUUCUUCUUCAGCAGAAGAAACUUCUGUUGUUUCUUCACUCAAUACCCCUAACAUGAUAACCACUACAGUGACUCAUACUGGAGCAGGUGGUCGCGUGACACGGUCGCAAUCGGUAGAGUCAAGCGGUUAUGAAACAACAGACUCUAGAAAGCGGAAACGACACGCCAAACCUACUUCAGUACCUAACAGCAACAAAAAAAAAACAGACCCUUCAAAAAUGUUAACCUCAAGUCCGCCCCCUAUCUAUUCUUCUUCUUCAAGCGUCAAGGAAGAUACAGAACGCGAAACAAGAAACUCUUCUCAAAGACUAUCUAAAGAAGCAAGAGAAGCUAAAAAAGCUCAAAGAGAUCUUGUGAUUAAAGAAAGACUUGAAGAAUUGGAUAAACUUGAACAGGCUGUCAAGGAUGGAUCACAUUCAGAAUAUCACAAGUUAUUAAGCAAUAUUGAACAAAAGAGAGCCAAUAUGCUACAUGUCGUUGAAAAGCGUAGAUCUCUUGCAGAAGGGAUCGUCACUAACUUUUUUAAUUGGCAGAAAAAUGCAGCUUAUUCACAAUACCAUUGGGACAAAUUAGCCCUCCGACGAUCCAUGAUUCAGCAUGUACAACAUAAAAUGAAUAUAUUAGAACAAGAAUAUUAUUCAAAUCAUGUCCAAAGCUCUUUAGAUGAAGAACAUCUUACUGAAUGGGUUCCUCCAGAUAGACCUUCUAUGAUUAGUUCUUUAACUUUAGGUCUAUCUGAAGAAGAUGCUGACCAAGACCUUGAAUGGGCAAAACAAGACCCAGUUAUAGAAGAAAAGAAUAAUCCAGAUACGGUGAAGGCCUCCUCACCACAGAUACCAUCCUCUCAAUCACAAAAAGAAGCAUCUCCUCCACUUGAUAUGCUGGCGUCGCUGGCCGACGGACAACAAAAAAAGGAAAUGAAAGAGCCUUCUGAAAAGAUGUAUACUCUACCACCCUUAAAUUCAUGGCGAUAUAACAAUGACAAUGAAAGACCUUCAUUGCCUACUUGAUAUAUAUAUGUUUAAAGUAUGUGUGUA